ACUCUCCGUUGUCUUCCUCUGCUCCAUCCACACCGCUGACACACACACACACACACACACACACACUGACUGCUCCUCUGACUUCGAACCUCUGUUCUAUUUCUCCCCGGGACGUUUUCACCUUUUGUUUCUCCACUUGACGCUCUCCGUCCGGAUUCCUCUGGAUUUUUUUUUUUCCUCCGUUUGGAUUUUACGCACUUAUUGACUUGGACCUCCGGCGCCCUCUGCCCCGGACGCUCCGUGCCGAACCUCCAUGGCGCGUUUGUUACUGCCGUGUCUCCUGCUGUUUGUAUCAGCACAGGCGGCACUCUCCUCCGGGGUCUUCGAGCUGAAGAUCGACUCCUUCACCAGCUCCCGCGGCGUCUGCCGCUACCAGUCCCGGGACUGCCAGAUCUUUUUCCGCGUCUGCCUCAAGCACUCGCAGGACAUCAUUAACCCGGAGCCGCCGUGCACGUACGGCAUCGCGUUCACCGAGAUCCUCGACGCCGACUCCAACUCCAUUUCCGAGAGCGCGCCCAUCAGGGUGCCCUUUCAUUUCAAGUGGCCGGGGACUUUCUCUCUGAUCAUUGAAGCCUGGAACGCGGAGUCUUCAGAACUGGAGUCCACAGAGAACCAGAACAACCUCAUCAGCAGGCUGGCGACCCGACGCAGGCUGACCGUCGGAGAGGAAUGGUCCCAGGACGUGCACUUUGGCAACCAGAGCGAGCUCCGCUACUCCUACCAUGUGGUGUGCAACGAGCACUACCACGGCGAGGCCUGCUCCGCCUACUGCCGGCCCCGAAACGACACCUUCGGCCACUACACCUGCGACGACAAGGGGAACCGCCACUGCCUGGAGGGCUGGAGCGGCGAGUACUGCUCUGACCCCAUCUGUGCAGCGGGGUGCAGUAAGACCGGUUUCUGCGAGUCUCCCGGGGAGUGCGUGUGCCGGCAGGGCUGGCAGGGCGAGCGCUGCGACGAGUGCGCCCGACACCCGGGCUGCCUCCACGGGACCUGCCAGCAGCCCUGGCAGUGCAACUGCAAGGAAGGUUGGGGCGGCCUGUACUGUGACCAAGACCUGAACUACUGCACCAACCACAAGCCGUGCCAGAACGACGCCUCCUGCACCAACACCGGUCAGGGCAGCUACACCUGUACCUGCCGGCCCGGGUUCACCGGCAAAAACUGCGAGAUCGAGACCAACGAGUGCGACAGCAACCCCUGCAAGAACGGCGGCAGCUGCAAAGAUUUGGUGAAUGAUUACUCAUGUGCGUGCCCUCAGGGCUUCUAUGGGAAGAACUGCGAGAUCAGCGCCAUGACGUGCGCGGACGGACCGUGUUUUAACGGAGGAACCUGUGUGGAGAAGGUCGCCGGCGGGUACAGCUGCCGCUGCCCGCCCGGGUACACAGGCUCCAACUGCGAGAAGAGGAUCGACAGAUGCAGCAGCAACCCCUGUGCUAAUGGUGCUCAGUGCUUGGACCUCGGUCACCGUGUCAUGUGCCGUUGUCAGCCAGGCUUCACCGGAUCUCGCUGCGAGACCAAUAUCGAUGACUGCGCCGGCAACCCCUGCCGCAACGGCGGCACCUGCAUCGAUGGCGUCAACGACUUCACCUGCACGUGCACACUCGGCUUCACGGGUAAGGACUGCUCCGUGCGCAGCAGCCCCUGCAAGCAGUUCCCCUGCGACAACGGCGGCAAAUGUUACACCCACUUCACCGGCCCAGUGUGUCAGUGUCCGCUGGGCUUCAUGGGCGCACGGUGCGAGUACCCUGUGAGGACCACCACACCCACCACCAAACUGCCUGGGAAGGGGGAUUCCCCUCCUGCGCUUAUUGCCGCUGUCGCCCUCGGCCUGGUGACGCUGACUCUGCUGGUGUACGCCGCCAUCCACGUUCUGCGUCAGCUCCGCCGGGGCAGGGAGCUAACAGCCAUGUCCACAUCAGUGAAGAAUGACCUCGAGGCAGUGAACAACCGCAACGCCGUGAUCGGUGGGGGUGGACCCAAUAAUGGGGGCUUACCGGGAGCACCGCUGGGCAGCCUGAGAGAGAAGGAGGCCUUCCUCAUUCCUGGGGGACAACUUAAAGUGUCCAAUAAGGACGCAGCGCUGGUGGAGAAGGGCAGCGACAACAUGGCCAUGUUUAAAAACAAAAUGGCAGACUGUAACCUGGCGAAAGAGGAGCAGCACCUGGCUAACAAGUUUGACCUUAAGAAGUGUGACUCGUCCAUCAUCGUCCCCCCUCUCACUUUUGCAAAGGACAGUCGGUAUCACCCAGUGUAUAUCAUUCCAGAGCAGAUGGAGCAGUGUGUGUUUGCUACUGAGGUAUAACUUCCAGUUUUCCGACCGCCAGCGGAAGAACUUCUAUGCUGAAGGCCUGAAGCAUUUACUGUCCAGGACAGUUCACCCAGAGGGUCUAUUGUACACACGUGGUUUUAUUUAAUAUUUAUUGCCGCUGCUCAGUGGAAAGAAACAAAAAGAAACGACUUGUUUUUUAUUCUUUUCUGCUUUGAUACUGAGUGUUUGGAUGACAAUGUUUUGGAAAAGAAAGAAAGAGCAGCAGAGGAGGAGAGAAAAGAGGAAGACUGAAUGUCCGGCGUCAUUUGCACUAUUUAUCUUUUUUUAUACAUUAAAUCUUAAUAUAAUUUUUCUGUUUGUAUAUCAGAAUUUUCUUUGGAUCAAACACGAACGAGAGAUGUAAAGAGUUGGAAUUGUCCAACAAUCGUAAAGACCGGUGCCUUAGCUUCCUAAUCAUUGUGGCGACCAUUUCCUGUACAAUUUUAAAAUAAGAUGUCAAGAUGGACUUUCUGUCAUCACUCUGUCCAUUUUUUUUUUUAUGUCUUGUUUUCUUUGGAAGUGAAGCACCGCAUUGUGGCCUGUUAGAAGAGGAAUGACUCAGCCUUACAAUCACCGCCCAAGCUACAAACUCUGAAGUGCCUCUUCUUAUUUAAAAAAACGAAAAAAAAAAGAAAAAAAAACUGGAACAUGUAUUAACACCAGCAUUCAGACCAAGCAGGAUUCGUUUCUUCUGGUUUUUAAUUGUAGCUCAUUUUCAAACCCUGUCUUUACAAGUCCAGAAAACCCAUUUAAAUCCACGCGACCCGGCAGUUUUUACCGGUGACAUGUCUUUAAAUCCACCACAUGUACUUUUCAAGUCCUAGACCAAAUCCUAAUCCCCCCUCAUAUCCCGAGCCCCAGUCCCAGAUCCUAAUUCCAGUCUAAACGAGGUUUCAGGUGAAUCAGGGAGAGUUUGUACCUCUAACCAGCUGUUUCCUCCAUUUUCACCUCAUGAACAGAUAAUCGAGUCCAGCCGAGCUGGAUUCAUCUUACAAAUCAGUUUUUAGGUUUGUCUUUCUGUGACUGUACCUGCUUUUUUUCCCCACUGUUGUAGGUUUCAGAAAUGUAUUUUUCUAUGAAUCAAAAAGCAAAAAAAGCGUUGCUGCCUUCAUCGACCACUGCUGUGACAGCAAGUUAACAGGAAAACAAUAGAAACACCCGUUGCUGUUCUGCAGAUUUAUUCCACAUACUCCAGCUAAAGAGUUUAGUUCGAGUCUGAACACAGUCACACCUCCUUCUUUUACAUUUUAAGAAAAAAAAGACUUUUACUUUUACAGUGAAGGACUCCGAGGAAAGUUUUUUUAUUCCGUCAUUUUUUUUUUUCACCUAAUCCAUUUGAUGCCAAAAAUAUGUGUUUUCCUGUGUAGUCAUGUCUUUAUACUAUCUUCGUUAAUUUAAGAAAACAAUGCAAUGUGUAUAUAUCCUCCAGAAGAUAGUUUUCUUAUUUAAUUUUGUCCUUUGUAAAUAAUUUUGUAUUUAUGAAAGAGAAUUGUAUAUAUGUCUAUGUUAACGUGCCUAAUGUCU